AUGCGUGGUGGCGCCACGGGGCGCGGGAGCUGCGGCAGCGGAGGCGGCGGUGGGGACGGGCGCGGGGACGGACUCAGGCCGGGCCGCACGGGCCGCGCGAGCGAGGGCGGCGGCGGGGGCUGGCAAGGCCGCGCGGGCGGCGCCCGGCAGCAGCUGGAGGAGCGCUUCGCCGACCUGGCCGCCAGCCACCUGGAGGCCCUGCGCGCGCGGGACGAGCGGGACCGGCAGAACGCGCGGCUGCGCGAGGAGAACGCUCGGCUGCGGCUGGAGAACCGGCGGCUGAGGCGCGAGAACCGCAGUCUCUUCCGCCAGGCCCUGCGGCUCCCAGGAGACGGCGGCGAGCCGGCGACGCUGAGCCCGGAGGAGGCCGCGCCGAGCCGGAGGGCGAGAGGCGGAAGCCGGGAGGACGAGCCCGGCAGCCCCAGGGCCCUGCGGGCGCGGCUGGAGAAGCUGGAGGCCAUGUACCGCCGGGCGCUGCUGCAGCUGCGCCGGGAGCAGCAGAGCGCGCGCGCGCGCACGGACGGGGCGGAGCCGCCCGCGCGCGACCCCGAGCCCCCGGGGCCCGGGCCCUAG